GGUUGCUCGCACUGGACUGCGAUGAUGAGUCGAUGCCCAAUAGUGCAUCUUCAACGAAGCGGCUAGCGGUGUACAGGAACGGACAUACGAAUAGGAUUUCAUAAUGACAGAGCGGGUGAACAACUUUCCUCCUCUGCCCAAGUUUUUCCGGAUCAAGCCCUGUUUUUACCAAAAUGUGGACGAAGAAAUCCCUGCCCCACACAGACAUCUGGUGCGCAGGGUGUACAACCUGUGGAUGUUGUAUUCCGUGACCCUGUUCGUCAAUGUGGUGUCAUGCAUCGCCUGGUGGGCUGGUGGUGGAGGUGCGGCCAACUUCGGUCUCUCUCUGCUUUGGCUCUUUCUCUUCAGUCCCUGUAGCUACACCUGCUGGUUUCGGCCUCUCUACAAAGCCUUCAGGGCGGACAGUUCCUUCAACUUCAUGAGUUUCUUCUUCAUCUUCUUCCUCCAGUGUGUCCUUGCCCUCAUUCAGACCGUGGGCAUCUCUGGAUGGGGUGCGUGUGGCUGGAUCGCGACAGUCAUGUUUUUCAGCUACAACGUGGGCUCUGCUGUCGUCAUGCUGUUCUCCGCUCUGCUCUUCACCCUGGUGACUGUAUUAAUGGGACUGGUUCUCAUAAGGGUCCACAGGCUGUACCGUGGUGGAGGCGGUAGCUUGGAGCGUGCCCAAGAGGAGUGGAGCACUGGACUGUGGAAGAGUGCCCCUGUGAGGGAGGCUGGCUUCAAUGCCAUCGCUGAAACUGGCCCCAGUCUGCCUCAGUACCCAGCCGCAGUGCCAAGCUACCCAGAAAAUGGCCCCUGGUAAAACGGACUCUAGGGGGAGACAAAGAGCGACAUUUCAUAGCAUGCAGAUGACAGCGAAACACAAAAUUACACCACUACACUAUAUUUGACACGUUGAUGUGUUUUGCGAAAGAAUGUGAAUUUUGACUUAUCUGAAUGAUACUCCUAGAGGCUAUGUAACAUGAAUGGAAAAGAUUUUCCAUGGUAACUGGAAAGUUUAUUUUAUUUUUUGACAGAACUUCUAAAACUUACCCAUUCCAAUUCAUAUGUUUACAUGAUCUUCUACUCUAUAUAUACAUUUGAUUCAUUUGCCUUUUUCCAAGAGAGAAGGAAAAAGCCAGCUGGGAUCCUCCCUAGAUUGUCUGUACUCAAACAGUAGCGUUCAAAAUAAACCAUGUCAACAGCAUGACCUCUGAACUACAGGAAUCUUAGAUGCCUACUGACCAUCACAUUGAAGUAUUUAUAGGGCAUAGAACGGAUAUCUUGAUUGAUACUGUCAAAGUGAACAUGGAAUUUUGUUUUGCCUUUGGAGUUUAAUAUGGAACUUUGAGAGCAUGCUUUUUUUUUUAUUCUAGUGAUGUUUUGGUGUGAAUCUAAUCACAGCACCUCCCAUGUGUUAGGGACACUCUUGCUUGAUCUCAUUUUGCCUUAUUUCCUAAGACUAGCCAUGCCUUAAUCUUACAAGCAGAUCUUGCAUAUAGAAGCUGUCUUGCUUGACUUUAGCCUUAAGUAAAGCUAUGUUAUUAUGACAAAGCCCAAGAACCACACUAAUACACAUUUUCAACCUGGUAAUGCUCAAGACGCUCACUAUUAUAGGAAUGCCUUCACUGAUCACUACUGCCUUUUGUGUUUCGCUCAAUGUGCACUGGUCUUCUCUCUCGUUUGGUAGUGAUGCCAUUAGUUUUGUGCGGUCCUAGUGCCCUGUUGUAGGAGCACCCCUCUCUCCAGUCAGUGUUCAAAACCAGCUCUUCAGACAGGAGAACAAUGUUUACAUUGCUAGCCACCCAUUUUGCUUUCUGUUUUUUCUUCAAAAAGUUUGGACUGCCAUGAGAAUUAUUUUGAAUUCAUAGAUUUGUUUUACUUUGUCUCAAUUCUGUAAUUAAUACAGGUAUUAGAAAAUAUGAGAUACAUUUUUGAAAAGGUAAUGUGUUUAUGCAAUGUCUAACAAUUUCAAUAAAUAUUCUUAUUUAAACCCGUUGUUACAAAAGCUGUUGUUCUCUCACUGGGUAAGUGUUAUUCCUGAUUUUCAUAUUCAAAUAUUUUGGCAGUUGGAAGUGGUGGACAGCUAUACUGGGAGGCCAGCGCACCACAGAAUGUACAGAAUCACGCAAUGGCGACUCAGUCAGCAGUGUGUUAGCUUGCCAUGUACAGUACUAAAUACUGGCCCCCUGUUUCCACUGGGGGAAAAGACAAUUGUACAUGUGGUUUGGACAUGGUCAUUGAGUCUAUACCAAAGGUUCUGGAUUGUUCUUGAGAUAAUUUAAUGUUGCUCUUGAAAGCGUGAUAAUGACAGAACAGAGAUCUUCAGAACACCUCGAGUGUUCUGACUGAAUCAGGCAUGACGUUUUCUAAUGACAGCGUCGAGGUAAACACAGAGCAACGAGAACACGCUCCUUUAAUCUUCCCUCGACAACAAACGAGUUGUAAAGAAAUGUACAGUCAGAUCGUGGUUCAAAUGACAUCCCACUCUGCCAUGGUCUGCCGUGGGCACACGACAACUAGUCAUCAAUAUCAACAGGCCUCUCAUUGGAUUGAAAUGUCUCGGUUUAUCCUCAAACGCGAUUGGCCAGACAAACACGUGUAACUAUCGACAAUAGAAAAAUUACAAAU